GCGCAGCAGCAAACCUGCCUCUACCGCACGUCUUUUUGAAUGGUAGACAGAAAAUAGUCAGGUUAUGGGGAACUGUGAUGUUGCAAUAGAAAUCGACCGGGCUACCUCGGGUGGAACAUUCACAAACUAUGACGUUCUCACGGGUUCCGUCAAACUUACCGUCACCGGAUCCAUUUCGCUCAAUUAUAUCCAGGUGAAACUAGAAGGUAUUUCCAAAACAGAGCUAUCAAUUCCCCGAGAGGUCCUUCGAAGAGACAAGCGAGAUAGGCGAGAAAAGCGCGAUAAGAUUCUCCAGGAUGCUCACCGGGUGCUUUACGAUACACUUAUAGUGUUCCCGCCAGAGAACAUCCGGCAGGUGUCCAAGGCCAAAGAAUUCACCUUAACUCCAGGCACAUAUACGUACCCGUUCACGUUUAAGUUACCGCUUAACAACUCAUGCAUCAAGUUGCUGGGCAUCACCAACAAAGUGCUGUUCAACAUGAAGAAGUUGGAUCUCAAGAUCAACAAUGGUAAUUUCAACUCCAACAUGGUGAAGAACAUGGCGGUUCUGUAUCUCCAAGGACAACAGAUGCCUUCAACAUCGGCACCGCCACCGACCCAGCAGGCUUACCAUGUGACGGCGCAGCUUCCACCGCUGCUCAGUGGUCUCGGUGAAUUUGCAUCUAUUAAGUACUUUGUCAAGGUAACCUGCAAGCGGUCGUCGUUUCUUAAGGUGAACCUCCGGGCCUUCGACCCGUUUAUUUUUCUUCCAUUGGAUUUGGAUAGCCACAACUUGCCGUUAAUCCACAGUGAAGACUACGAAGAGUAUAGAGAGGCAUUUGUGCGUAAAGAUGUGGUAUUCAAAAACCGCAUUCCUGAGAUCAUAGGGGUCAAGAUGCCUCUGGGGAAAGUUCUGAUGUCUUCCAACGACAAGCUACUUCCACAGGCACCGUUGGUGGUGCCUAGAAAGAGCUUUCUCCAGAAACUAUUUGAACCACCCGCACCUCCGCCCAAUCCGAGACGAAACCUGGCUGCUCUGGGAAGCACGAGUCCUCGGCCACAGGUGAACACCCAAGACGUGCCGUUUGCAUUUGAAAUCCGCUUCAGGCACCCGGCCUUCUUGAUUCCGACGAAACUCCCGUCGUUUAAACUCUAUUUGGUGUCUAACGUGCGACCUUCGGUAUACUCACUCUCAGAGUUUGGACGGCCCGAGGAGAGUAACGGACUUGGAGUGGUCUAUUUACAACGUCUUGUGAUGGAUUUGACAUCUACCACCACCAUUUCCGUUCUUGAAAGCGACGGGGUGUUGAAUGAAAUUCACAAAUCCCGUCAUGACGAUGUCAUCAACAUUUGCAAUAACACCUACCAGAAUUUGAAGCUUGACCUCAUGAACUGCAAACGUCUGAAAAACUCGUCCUCCACCACUGCCAGCAACAAUCUUGCCAACAAUGUCUACGAGUUGGAGAUCCCCAAGAAGUACUUCGCCAACUGUGUGUUGCCUGACUACUUGUCACCAUCUUUCAGAACUUGCAACAUCCAACGGAAAUACAGGUUGACGGUUGUAGGGGGAUUUUCAAGCGAAAAAAUUGCAGACUUCAACAACCUGGCCGAGCUCACUCGAAAACUACUGUAUGUGGACCUACAAAUCAACGAUAUUAAGGUGCUUGGAGGAUUGACCAUGACUAGAAGCCUUCUGGAAGGUGCAUCAACAUCCACAAUCCCCACCAUAAAUAAGCCAUUGCCGGAUGAAAAGACCGCUAAUGGUGCUGACUCCCACCUAGUGCCGCCACCAAAGCUCCCGAACAGACCCGAUGGCCUACCUGUUGGUGGUGCCUCUUCUGCUGAAUCCAGUCAAGAUAGUCUUCCUCUUCCCACCUAUGAAGAUGUCAUGAAAGAAAGCACGUACCAGAACCCGUCCGACCAUCAACGGGCCCGCAGACGGUACCAGCAGCACGAGCACUACUAUAAUAACCUCGAGUAGGCCCUCGACUAAUCUCUUGUAUAUCUAGUCAUAGUCUGCCUGAAAUCAGUACAUAACCCAUAUGGUUUGCGCACGCCGUCCCAACCUCGACUUCGGUUUCCUCGCGAAUUCCAAUCCUUGUCCACUGAAAAAAAGUUCUCUCGAUUGCCA